AUCUGCACAAAGGGAUCCGAACUCCAAGACCUACAUUCAUAAUGCGAUGCGAUCAGACGAAUUGUGAAUUUGUGAAAUGGUGGUGAUAGUUAUUUUGUAACGGGAAGGGAAUAUUUUGCAAAAUGCAAACUAUAUAACGUUUAAUUUAGGUAAGCCAUUGCUACGUUUUAAAAUGCGUGACACUGUUUACAUUCAAACCGGCCAGCUAGGCCACUGGACUAAAAAUAACUAAUGGCGAGUCGAGCGUCCAAAAGGCAGAGCUGUCAUGAUGGCGGCGGUCUGGGUUCGCACCCCAAAUCUUAAACUGACCUUAUACUCAGACCACUGGUCUGCAUCGAUGCACAUUAUACAGUGCCAUUAAAUAAAAUAGAUAAGAUGUUAGGUCCUAAAUUGGCAUAUUUGCAUUCUUUUCAUAUCCAUUUUUAAUAAAUGAUUGAUUUUUACACACUAAGAUGCGAAGAAAAUAUAUUAAAUAAUCGGUAAAUUUGAAAUGAUGGUCUGAAAUGACCCAGUCAGAACAGUACAUAGAUAAAAAGUCAGAUUUGGGUAUGAACAUCUGUUGAAUAAUAGUAAUACAAAAAUCUCCCUCCCGGUCUAACAAGAGCUAAAUUUUUCUCAGAUUUGGUUUGCAUAAGAUUACCAAGUAUUAGUAUUAGUUAAUAUUAUGUUAAAUUCUUGAAAAAAAAUUAAUUAAAAUGAUUUAAAAUCGUAUUUGUUCAUAAACUUUAUGAUUAUGAUAAAAAAUAAGUAGAAAACCUACGCCUACAUUUUCAUUCAAUUCAUUGUCCGUUGUCUAGUAUGUGUUCCCAUUUAAUGAGUUAAUAGUAUCUGUAAACUAAUGCCUAGGCCUAGUCAGAAAUGUUAUUGAUCAGGCCUGUUUGACUUGGGUGACUGAAGAAGAAAAAAACCAAUUAAAGUAUAAUUAGUAUAUUAUUAUUUAAUACUAUUUUUUAAAUUACUUUCCCAUCCCCUGGGCUAGGUAGUCUACCAUUACCAUUUUCAUUCAUAUUUCAAAUAGUUACUUACCAUGCCAUAAUAAUCCUACAGCCUAUAGUUAUAGAUAGUUAAAAAAUUUAAUUUAUUUUAGUUUUAGUCUUAAUAAAAAAGUUACUCACACUCACUGUCAGUGUAAUUUGUUCACUACUUGAAUAAGUUAGUUAAAAAAAAAAAUAAAAGAUAGGCCUGUUAUUGUUAUAGUAUAAAAGUAUAGCCUAUAUCAUAUAUGAAUAUGUAAAAAAAUAUAUAGUCUAUAUAUUAAUAUAUAUAUAAAUAUUUUUACAUCAAUGCCCCCCCCCCUUCCCCCCCCUUCCCCCUAAAAUAAAUAAGAUUUUUAAAAGUAUAACAACCAACCAACAAUUAAAAAACAAACCCUAAAAAAUUAUUAUUAAAAAAAAAAAAAAAUUCAAUAAUUUGCUUUAUUUUAUUAAAAUUAUAUGGUUAUAUUUUUAUAUUAACUUAUAUUUUAAUUCUGAGGGGAUGGGGAACACUUGAAACCUUAACUUUUCUAUAUCAUACCAUAUAUGUCUGUAGGCUAGACUUAAGAAUAUUUCUUUAUAAAAGUGCAGAUGUCAAAAUAAUUGAAGUUAUUAGUAAUAGUAUUAAUAGAAACAGUCACUACAUUAAAAAUAGUUAUAGCUUACGUGUGUCAGAAUAAGUCUUGUUAAAAAUUAAAUACUUGUAUGUAAAAUUAAGCAUAAAUUUAUAAUAAUAUUUUUAAAAAAUUGUAUUUCUCUUCUACUCACUUAAUUGGCUAGUGUACUUAAUGCCAAUUACCCAGUCUUAAGAACUGAACUUGUUUACUAAGCAAGGGGUGCCUUUAUGAAGUUAUCUCAGGGGAAUAAAAAAAAAGACAUCUUUAGAAAUUAACUUUCAGUUUAACAAGAAAUUUAAAUGUAUUGCUUAAGAUGAUAUUGGCAUAGUCUUUCUUUGUGAAUUAUAUUUUCAAAAAAUUCAUUUACAUUCUUUUAUAACUUGAAAAAUCAAUGGCAGGUUUACAUGACUGGAAACAAAUGAAAGCUGUGCAAUCAUGCAGAAUCGAGAUUUUGUUAAUCAAGAUGAGAUCAGCUCGAUUGCCAGUUUAUUAAGGACAUUUUUACCGGAUGAUGAAGACCUUCCAUUCACUGGCAGUACAGAGCAAUUAUUACAGCAAGUUGGAGGAAGUCUCAACUAUUUCAACAGAAAUGAUCCAGAUUUACAAGAACCAAAUAAUGGUCUAUGUUUACAUCCCAUUGCUAAAAAAACUCUACAAAUUAAGGUUAAAAAAAAAUUUGAAAAUAAGAAAAGCAAACAUAAAAUAAGUAAAAAGAAAAAGUUCAAAUCUAAAACCAAUCUCAACAUUUCUGGCACUGAGAAUGAGUCAACCACAAUUCACAAUGCAGAUGAAGGAGACAGUAAGGCUUCCAUUGAUCUUUCAGACAAAAUUAAAUCUAAAUCAAAGCAACACACGGAGGGUGAACACCUUCUUCACUUUCCUCCUGGGUGUAUCAGGAAAAUGGCUUGUUUUCUUUGUGAUGAAACAUUCACCACAAUGGCUGUGUACUCUUCCCAUAUGAUCA